CUGGGGAGGCGGAACCCAGGAGGACUUGAGCAAUAUAAAGUCCUGGAUGAGCUUUCACUUCUCAGAAUAAACAGAUCUGAGCCGGACACACCACGGCUUCCUGCCGAGAGGCUGACUGAUUUCAUAAGAAAGUCGAAACACAGAGAACCGAUUCCUGCAUCCUCCUUCCGGGUCGACAUGAAUAACGCAGUGUUUUUGUUGGGGUUGAUUUGCAUCGCAUUGAUCGCCGGAGCUGAUUCCGAUGAAAUCGCCUGUCCGCGGCAAGUAACGGGGAAGCAGUACAGGGAUGUCAGCUUCCAAUGCUUUUACUCCCCAACUCCCAAGGCCAACAAAUACAGCCGCAAGUUCUGUUGCCUGCAAGGCUCCCGCCCCGGGAGGUGCAAACACACGGUCGUCUCCGACAGCGGUUAUGCGUCCGACCAGUUCCUGGAGAGGAUCCAACUGGUCGACUCCAAAGGGGAAAGUUUUUUUACCGUCACCAUCGUCGGAUUAAAGAAGGAAGACCAAGGCACUUAUAUAUGCGGCAUCGGGCAGGAUGAGAACGGGAUCAAAGGAGUUCUUAGUCUGUCAGUUGUUGAAGAUUCCCAGAUCUUAGAGGACGCUGUACUUCUCUACGCCGAGCUGAGGGGCUCCGUCGUCUUUAAGUGUAAUUAUAAUGAGCAGGGCGCCCCGCAGAGGAAGUUUCUGUGCAAGGUCACAGAAGAUGGCUGCCUGGACGUCAUCGACAGCACGGGGAGGACAGACCCCAGCUACGAAGGGAGGGUUAGCGCUGACGUGAAGGCGGGGACCUUCACGGUAAAAAUGGUGCAGGUACACAAACUAGACGCCGUGUAUUAUACCUGCGGCUCCGACAACCCCGAAGAAUCCAAAGAUACGCCAAAGUUUGAUUUACGGAUCAAUGAAGUGACGGAUAUUCCUCAAGGGUCUCGUCUUCUGACCCCCAGGCCGGGGGGGUCUCUGUCCGCUCAGUGCAAUUACAACCCCAAAAAGAGUUACACCGAGAAAUUCUGGUGCAAACUGGAAGGCGGAGAAUGCAAUCCGAUCGUAAAAACCGAUGGGUACGUGAAGAGCGCUUACGAGGGAACGGUACUCAUCCAUGACAAUUCUACCAGCGGGCAGAUGCAGGUCCUCAUGACCAACAUCUCCAGCAAGGACGAAGGCUGGUACUGGUGCGUGAUGAUCGGUGAAAAGCACGACCAAACGUCUGCCGUACAGGUCAGGAUCUCGCAAGAAAACCUCCCAGGACUGUCUGGAAACACAUUUGUCCAAGUGCCGGCCGGCGACCCGGCCAAAAUCACCUGCUACUACCCCUGCAGGUAUAAAAGCGCGGAGAAGUAUUGGUGCCGGUGGAGGAACGACAAGUGCGAACCUUUGAGAGACGUGGAAGACACUCAGGAGAGUCAGCUGGUCACCUGCCAGACCGAGGAGCUGGUCCUCACCCUCAGGUCCGUGUCCGAGAAGGACAGCGGCUACUACUGGUGUGGAGUCAAAGAUGGCGGCCGGUACGGGGAGAGCAUCACCUCGCGCCUCAUUGUUGUGGAACCCAGCAGGGGCGUGUCCAAUGUCAACGGACGGGCCAACCUUGGUGGAGAGUCAAGAAACGUGCAAGUGAUUGUGACCCCUGCCAGCCCUGACGGCAACAAGAGCGGCACCGUCACCGCCGCCGUGGUCUCUGUGUGUGCCGCGGUAUUGGUGGUCUGUGCUGUGUUCUUAUUCAUCAGACUGAGGCGGAGGAAGAAUUCGGAUCUGGUCUCUGUUGGUAGUUACCGGACUAAUAUAAGUAUGUCUGACCUGGACAACAACACCGGCAAAGAGAACCCGGCGGUGAUCGACCUGCAGGAGACCGAUAUCAGUCGCUUCGAAGAUUCACCGAAGACAAAGAAAAAGGGAUCCCGAGAGAACCUGGAUUAUUCCGGCUUUCUGGUCAAUAGCGUCACCGGGAACCCCGAGGAGCAAGUGGUUGAAUAAUUGGGCGAUCUUCUUCCCAUCCCGUGUGCUUUAGGCCGUUCCUGCUUGCUAGUAGAGAUCUGUGCACACUCCAAUGAAAGGCAAUAGCUCAAGGAAUCAAUUGUAUAUUCUGACGCGAUCGCUUCAAUGUGCGAGUGAAUGCGAAAAUUCGUAAAAUAAUUGGGCGCAGCAAGUGUGCGUGAAGCGGGGACUCGCUGCAGAGAUCUUACCAACAGAAGUAUUUUAGCCUGUGAAAAGAAAAUGAUGUGAAAAUACUACAGCUGCUUAUCAUUCAAUACAUUACCUGUAAUGGAUAUACUACUCUAAAUCACAUAUGAUUAAACAAAGAAAUUAAUAAAAAUAAAAAUAUUAAAUUAAAAA